UUUCCUAUUUGAUCGUAUUGCGACAAAAAUCAAUCGAUUGAUCAUUUUUGUUGUGAUUUUGGAGUGAUGAUACAAUCAAGAUAAUUACAGUAUUAUUGAAUUGUGACUAUAAUUUUUAUCAAAAUGUCCCAAGGGAAGAUAGUUUUAAUGGGCUGUGGCAGCUUCAGCCCACCAACUUACAUGCAUUUGCGAAUGUUCGAAAUCGCCAGAGAUUACAUUCACACGCUGGGUUUGGGCACGGUGGUCGGCGGGAUAGUGUCUCCUGUGCACGAUAAAUAUGGCAAGAAGGACUUGGUGGCCGCACACCAUAGGAUAUCAAUGUUAAAGCUGGCGCUGCGAUCAUCCGCGUGGAUCAAGGUGUCCGAGUGGGAGACGCAGCAGCAGGGCUGGACGCGCACCAGGGUCUCCUUACAACACCACCAGGACACAAUCAACCAGCACCUGACCUCGAACAGCUGCGACGCCCCCUCGUGGCUCCCCGACGACAUGCUGAACGUCAACAGUCUGGACGAGCCCGACGACCUCAUGACUAAACUCAACGGCAACCAGGAUGAAACCGUCACGGUUAAGUUACUGUGUGGCGCGGAUCUGUUGGAGUCCUUCGCUACGCCCGGCUUGUGGUCUGAUGAUGAUUUGGAGACGAUAGUGGGCCGGCACGGGCUGGUGGUCGUGAGCCGGGCCGGCAGCCAACCGGACAAGUUCGUGUUCGACUCCGACAUGCUGUAUAAGUAUCGGAGAAACAUAACCCUCGUAACGAACUACAUAGCCAACGAGGUGAGUUCGACCGUGAUCCGGCGGCUCGUGCGGCGGCGGGAGAGCGCCAAGUACCUCACGGACGACGCCGUGCUCGCCUACAUCCGCCAGCACCGCCUCUACGGCGCCGCAACCACUGAGUAUAAUCUCAACAAUCUCAGGAAAUCUCCACGAGACGUCCCCAUGGUGUCCCCCGACGAGACCAGCUUCAAGAACAUCCUCAUCUCCAUCCGAGACAAGCCGACCAUCACCGACCAAACUAUCACUGUCAAAAGAAAGAAAUCCAACUACCUGAUGCCAACUAUGACGGAUUCCAUCAGUCCUAUAGUUGACAGACCGAGGCAAGCUUACGUGGACAAGGUCCCUGUCAACUACGUGCCGGGGAAAGCUGUCAAAAUUGUCAGCGAGGUAAGCGAAACUUACAACUCUCUUGACAGUUAUUUAGCCAAAGACGAGUGCGAUUAUGAACUUUAUAGGAGAAGGGUAAGUGAGGGUAAUGUGGAUACCACGCUUAAAGUGGAACCGAAAAAAAGAUGUACUUCAACGAUUCGUAAAUUAAAUAAACCUGAUAUAAAGAAGAGUAAGUCGGAGGUGAGUAAGUUGUGUGAUAAAAUGAAGAGUAUUAAGUUGAAAGAGAAGGAGAGCAGGAAUUAUAAGACGCGCAGUUGCAAUGAUAUCGUUAGGCUCAUUUUGACGAAGCAUGGGAUUCAUGUCAUAAGCGAUACUGAGGCUAUUGUUUAAAACACACGGCUGUACUGUA